AGUCUGGAGCUGGUAUAAUGCAGGGGCUUAUGUUUCGAAAGUCAUAUGAGGCCAAUGACAAUGUCAGUUGUAAAGGGUGCAGUUUCACCUACUUCAACUUUAUAUUAGCCGCAUUUAGGCUGUGCUAACGUUAGCUCCGUGAAGAUAGCUCAGCUAACGAGCAAGUCAGCCAAGUUUACUCUGUCGAGAGAGCGGAGAACGUUGUCAUUUUCCUGGUGUAGGGAAUUUGUAAUUUGUUUACGCAUUAGAGUACCUUGAAACAACGACACAUCGCUUCAGAACAUUUAGCAAAUAAUACUUUCAGACAUAUUUAGCCUUAUUUCCCAAUGCAAUUAGCUUGCAGGCUAACCUUAGGUGUUCAGUUGACUGCUGUCUUCUUUUCCAGUUUUAUACAGACAAAUGUAACCAAGUGAUUGAAACGGGUUUCAUUAGGCAGGUUUGUUUGAAACACUGCAUGCUUUUUACCCAAAGCGGCGUUGGCUUUAUAUAUUCUUCAGCAAACUUUGCGGGUGAAAUCUGGGUCAACGCAAGUCUUUCCCAAGUGCAGGGGCAAACACUGGAAUAAACCAUGGCACGACUAGUAGCAGUUUGCAGGGAAGGAGAGGAGGACUAUACGUUCCUCUCCAGACAGAUUCCUCUGUACAUUGACGAUACUCUGACGAUGGUGAUGGAAUUUCCUGAUAUUAUCAAGAAUGUUGACAGGCAUGAAAUGAACUCAUCUCGAUGGAAACAGUUUUCUGAGUUUUACUCCAAACUGAAGCAACAGGACUUGAAUGUCGCCCUGAUUGUGACCACCAAAGAAAUUUAUGGUGCGUUAUCUCAGUUGGUGCCAUGUGUUGGAUGCAGAAGAAGUGUGGAGCGUCUCUUCUCACACUUGGUGGAAUCAGGGAAUCCGGCUCUGGAGCCUCUUACAGUAAAAUCUACAGGUCUACUCUCUAUCACCAAGGCCUGUUUAACAGAUGUGAAGAAGCUUUACACCCUCUUCUACAUACAUGGGUCAAAGUUGAAUCACAUAAUUGAUGGCAUUCCAAAAAGUAAGAAAAACAAGAGAUGCCAGUUGCACUCCUUAGACACACAUAAACCUAAACCUUUGGGGGGAAGCUGGAUAGAUAUAUGGGAGCUGAUGUCUCAGGAGUGCAGAGAUGAGGUGGUCCUCAUUGACAGCGCCUGUCUCUUGGAGACAUUGGAGACAUAUCUGUGUAAGCACAGGUUUUGCACUGACUGUAAAAAUAAAGUGCUGCGGGCGUACAACAUCCUGGUUGGGGAGUUGGACUCCAGUAAAGAGAAGGGUUACUGCGCUGCCUUAUAUGAAGGACUGUGUUGCUGCCCCCAUGAGCAACACAUUCACGUGUGCUGUGAAACAGACUUCAUCGCUCACCUGCUUGGCCGAGCCGAGCCUGAGUUUGCAGGAGGUUAUGAGCGCAGAGAGAGACACGCAAAGACCAUUGACGUUGCACAAGAAGAGGUCCUGACCUGUCUGGGUAUUCACCUCUACGAGAGACUGCACAGGAUCUGGCAGAAACAACGAGCCGAGGAGCAGACCUGGCAGUUACUGUUCCAUUUGGGAAUUGAUACACUACAUAAAAGUUUUGAGAUGGCGGUAGAGAAGAUGCAGGGCAUCAGUCGACUAGAACAAUUAGUUGAGGAGCUUUCUGAGGAGGAGAGGGCCAAAGAGCUGAAGCAGGAGAAGAAGAGGCAAAAACGAAAGAAUCGACGCAAAAACAAGUGUGGAUUAGAAGAGGUUAAGAGCACAAACCUUGAUGAGGCUUUACUUCACCCUGAUGUGGGCGGAUGUAAGGGAUGUAGUAGUCAUGAUGAUGAAGAGGAGGAGGAGGAGGACCUGGGCUACAGGAGGACUGCCUCCUGUAGCUGCCCACAUGACGCUAAACAAGAUUUGUCCACCCACAGCAAUGGCAGUGACUGUGGCUACUCCUCGAGCAUAGAGAGCGGCGAUAUAGGAUCACGAGAAGGCUCUGACAUUGCCUGCUCUGAGGGGAUCUGUAAUCACGAAGAAGCAGUUGACGAGUCAAGUAGUGACCGUCAGUGUUUCAAGGACAAGGAGGAAGAUGGAAUAGACAGUUGUGUAGAUUGCUGGCAGUGCUCUGAUGACAACACUCAAUGCAAGAGUAAAAAAAAGAAAAAGGGCAAAGGCUUAUGCACCGACCAGAGCCACAAAUGUGAAAGUUGUUUGUCGGCCGGCUAUACCACCAUCUUUAGUGCAUCGUUGCACACGUGCAGAACCAAAGAAGUCUCUCCCUCCUUAUGUGGCAAUGCAUUUUCAAGCAUCACACAACUUCUGGAUUAUUCAGAAGGGAGCUCUGAUGAAGAAAACUGUCUUACACAGGACGAAAUCCAAGCUUUUCGCGAAAGAAACCAGUCCUUCUACAAUAACCGUGACCAGUACCGACAGCUGCUAAAGGAGAAGUUCACCAAUUACUGCCGUGCUACUGAGCAGAGUCAACCUGUGUGUAAGAAGUGGUUUGCCACCGCUAGUGUCAACUAACUGAAGACCACCCUCUGGGGGGGGGAAAGGACACAUGUCCACUGCUGCAAUGUGUUUUGAAGUCUGUUUUGAAUUAAUAUUGGGUGUCCUGUUCACUCAUUUCUCCUUCACGUUAAAUGUAUUUUCCUGUUUCUGUUGGUAUCUCUUAAUCUUUCUUUUGAUUGCACUUGUACACAAAUGCAUUUUUUUGGCCACUUUCUGUGGUCAUCUUGUUGACCAAACCUUGCUGUUGUUGAUGGUCUAAUCCCGGUUGUUGGUUUAAAGUUCAGUGGAAUCAAGCUUUGCAAACUGUGACAUUAGAAAUGAUACAUAUUAGAAGUCUUGUGAUUUCUUUUUUUUUUCUUUUUUUUUUAUUCUGUUCUUUUUGGUGACAGUGAACUGUAGUGGUAAAGUUAUUACCAUUUAGUCUGUACAGAAAUUCUAAUGAUUUUACAGAGAAUAAACA